CCCAGAUGAGUGACUCAGACGCCCGCUCCAGACCGGGUGCUUUAAGGUGAUGUGGGACUGUCAGUUUUUAAUCCGCAUUUGAUAAUUCACUUUUAAGUAAAAUGGACAAAGAAUUGCUCUUACUUUUAUUACUUCUCUUAUCUCUACACGCGAGGCUGUGAUUCGGCUCGUGCUCACCAUGGCUCUCCUACUCCGCUGAAUUGCUCCUUAUUGAUUCAGACUGAUCUUAAUAGCCACAUUACGAGGCAAAUUUCAGCGUGAAGUGCUGUUGAAGACAGCGGGAUCCGUGCGUCGUGGAGGUAUUUCCCUCCCUUUCUCCGCCGGUGAUUUAUUCCAUUUUUUUUUUUCCAACAGAAGGGUAAAUGUUGAUGAUGGAGGACGACGAAUUAGACGCUCAUCAGGUUGAUUCGGAUUUCGAGCCGCAGAGCCGGCCUCGCUCGUGCACCUGGCCCCUGCCUUGCCCGCAGGAUUUCCCCGGCGGACACGAGGUGAGCGGGGGUCUUCCGCUGGCCAACAUCAAGGUGGAACCGGAGGACGUCCCCGCGUGCAGAGCCGGGCUCGUGGGCGGAACGCCGGGGGAGCUGAAGCAUCCAGCCGGCGCCCCGGCACCCACGGGCGCGACGCACCCAUGCUUGGCCGGCGCGGCGCUCGAUGUGACCGGACCCCUGCGCAAAGCCAAGUCCUCGCGGCGGAACGCGUGGGGGAACCAGUCCUACGCGGAUCUCAUUACCCGCGCCAUUGAGAGCACCCCAGAAAAGAGACUCACGCUGUCACAGAUAUACGACUGGAUGGUCCGCUAUGUGCCCUAUUUCAAGGAUAAAGGCGACAGUAAUAGCUCAGCUGGCUGGAAGAACUCUAUUCGACACAACCUGUCCCUCCACACACGCUUCAUCCGGGUGCAGAAUGAAGGAACAGGAAAGAGCUCCUGGUGGAUGCUGAACCCAGACGGAGGGAAGAUGGGCAAGGCCCCCCGAAGACGAGCGGUCUCGAUGGACAACAACACAAAAUAUCUGAAAAGCAAAGGUCGCAUCAGAGGCAAAAGAGUCGGCCGUCCCGGAAUUGGUGCCGGAUCGGCGGUGGCUGGACUCCAGAACUCCCCAGACCAUAGCAGCCCAUCACGGAAAGGCCUCCCUGGAGCUGGAGGUGCAUCUGGGAAUGAUGGAGAAUUUGAUGCCUGGACAGACCUCCAUUCCAGGGCUAGUUCAUCAGCUUCCACCCUGAGUGGGCGUCUGUCACCUAUCCUUGCUGAGGGAGAGCCAGAGGAACCAGAGGAGGGUGGUCUGUCUUGCUCCACCUCCCCUCACCUCUAUCCAUCACCAACUAGUGCCCGCUCUCCGUCCAUGGGGGCAGGGAAUCAUUGUCCUCCCCUUGAGCAGCUGCCACAGCUAGCUAACCUCACAGGUGCCAUCAGCCUAGACGAGCAGAUGAUGGAAGAUGGCUAUCAUCAUCGCCGUCCACAGCCCCAGCAACACCAGCAGCAUCCCACUGUUGGAAGACAUAAGCACCAGACCUCUGUGUAUCACUACAACGCUGGAGUGAAGGGACAGAGCUCCUAUGGUGCAGGUGUCUACGGAGCAACUGGUAUGGGGAUGCUACGCCACCACUCACCCAUGCAGACCAUUCAGGAGAACAAACCAGCCAGUUUUUCUGGAACCAUGCGGGCAUACUCCAGCACCAAUGCCCUGCAGAGUCUUCUAACAGGGGUUCCAGCUGGGCAGCAAUACUGUUCCAAGGACAUGAUGAUUGGACAGGAGAGAGAAAGCCAUCCGUUGAUGGGUCAGACUACUAAUGGAGUUGGAUCUACUCAUCACAGCCACCAUUCUGGCCACCACAAUGGUCAUAGUCACAGCUCACCUCAUAGCCAUAACAGAACUCACAGCCAUACCCCUAGUCAUAACAGUGUAACCAACCACAACUCACCUCACAGCCUCACUCACAAUGGUCACAACCUCAGCCAGAGCCAUACCCACACACCGCCCCGAGCUGCGUCCCUGACCCCACGUGGCAACAACAGCCAGUUGCAGGCCUACAACAAAGCUCCGUACCUGUACAGCCCCCCGUCACAUGCGCACCUCCCGGCUUCUACCACCUUGCCUCCCAACCCAGCAGGUAUGCUUGGCAUGCCUCAGGACUCCUGUCAUGUGGCCACAGCCCCACAUCCCCGUCAUAACCACUAUCCGGACCCACAGCACCAGGGUAUGACUAAUGGACCGUAUCACCAUAUCCAUGGGAUGGGCAAUGGUAGCAUUGGUAGCAAUUACCACGGAUAUCACCAACCUCACCCCCAUGAGAGACUACCGGCUGACCUGGACAUUGACAUGUUCCAUGGUAGCUUGGACUGUGAUGUGGAGUCCAUCCUCCUUCAUGACAUUAUGGACUCUGGGGAGGAGAUGGACUUUAACUUUGAUUGCUCCUUAGCCCAGGGAGUUGGCAUCGGCAUGGGUAUGGGUAUGGGUGUGACCAUGGGAAUGGGAAUGGGGAUGAGUGGAUUGGCUGGUCCCCAGCAAGCUCACAGCAACCAGAGCUGGGUGCCAGGCUGAAGUCUUGGACAUCCUGCUCUCAGAAAGGACUACCCUACCCAUGAAGCACUGUGCUUAACUGUGACAUUCCUGACUUGACACAAAGACUAUAGGACCAACACUCCAAUGUCUCUUUGUUGUCUUGACAAUUCCUCUGUCAGCCCUCCUCUUUUGAUCCCCCUCCCCCCGAGAGAUCUAGUUCAUGUCACAUUAAGUUUUUUCUCAUAUCAGCUAUACUGUGAUGACAAUCUCUCAGCUGUGCUUGCCCAACAUCGCUUCUCAUCUACCAUGAGAACUGAACUCUGAAUGCACUUUAAUGCAAGUGGGUCACAUCUAGUGGUGCAAUGCCUUCACAGAGCAGCUCAGGCAGAGCUUGGCAUGUUUUGUAAGGUGGCUGCUGCAUUUGACAGGAACAAAUGAGGAAAUCACAAGCUCUGCUGAUGAAGUGUCGGAUCCAGGCAUUGAAUUAAAAUUGGACUCUUUUUUUAUAUGCUGUCAUUGCUACUGGUGAGGGGAAUGUAUUUUUUUUUCUUUAGUUGUUUGUGACUGAAGCAUUGUUUUUUUUUUCAGUCGAUGAUAGC